AUGAUUCCACCCAACGAAAACCGAGUCGUGAAUCCAAAUCAAGAUUCACGCCGAUGGACGGGUACCGUACAUUUUGGUGCCGGAAUUCUAGCCUUAGCAGCACUAGGACGUGCUUACGGGUAUACACUUGUAUAUGGAGAACAGAAUGGUGUGAACUUGUUUUUUGUUCAAACAUGCUUACUUGUUCGGCAAGGUGUACUUGAUGAUGUCCCAUCAAUAGAGAAACUACAUAUAUCGAAACCUGUUGGUCAGUGGAAGCAUGCACCUGAACGAGACAAGUCACGAGCUUGGAUAUGGAAUGACACAAAUUGGCAACCAUAG